UUGGGGAAACAUCAUACUACGCGGAAAUAGUCGAUAGAGGAUUCUCCUUCCCGACCAUUGAUUUGAUCCAUCGAUUGAUGUCCCGAUCAACAGAUUAAUCAACAGAUUCCUUAGAAACCAUAUUAUGGAAAGCAGACGACGGUAUUGUUUUGCCCAUACGUGUCCGCAUCUUCGUCCAUCACAUUCCUCGCCCAUUACCAUUCCCCUGUCAGCUCACUCGUCUCCUUCCCGCCCUCUGCUCUGCUUCGAAACCGCCUCUGGUGUCAACUGCGAUGCUGAUAUGAACAUCAAGUUGCAAACUUUUCGUGCUCUGUCGACUCGGAUUGGAUCGCAGUCUUCGGUUAAUUCCCAAAUCAAAUCCUUAGUUCAGCAAUCAGAGCACCUAGCUGCCCUGAAGUUAUUCUCCCCUGCAACUGCCACCAAUUUCACAUUCCCUCCCCUCCUCAAAGCUUGCACUUGUCUUUCAAACCUCGAGUAUGGCAAGAUAAUCCAUUCGGCUAUCGUCAUUCUGGGUCUGCAGCAUGAUCCUUACAUAACGACUUCCCUCAUAACUUUUUACUGGAAAUGCGGGUCCUUGGAUGAUGCAGUCAACGUGUUUGAUAAUUUUCCCGGAAGAGAAGAAGUAUUAGCCAAGGAUGUGACAAUUUGGAAUUCUGUCAUUGAUGGAUACUUUAGAUAUGGGAAUCUCGAAGAGGGUAUUGCUCGGUUUCGUCAAAUGCAGCUUUUCGGCUUGAGGCCCGAUGAGUAUUCACUUUCUAUCCUAUUGGGCGCCUGUGGUAGCCUUUUGGGAUCACCAGGAGGGAAGCAAAUUCACGGGUUUAUCAUUAGGAACAUAUAUUCUUGUGAUGCUUUUCUUGAGACUGCGCUGAUUGAUAUGUACUUGAGUUGCAGUAGGCCCAUGGAAGCAUGUCUUCUGUUCGAUGACUUGGAAGAUCGGGGCAAUGUGGUCGUAUGGAAUGUGAUGAUUGGUGGAUUGUGUCAGAAUGGAAUGUGGGAUCAUAGCUUGGAGUUAUAUUCUUUAGCUAAGAAGGAGAUUGUUGACCUUGCAUCGACCUCAUUUACAAGUGCUCUGAGUGCUUGUUGUUACGGUGAAAAUGUGGAUUUCGGGAGACAGCUCCACUGUGAUGUGAUCAAACAAGGGUUUCACAAUGACUCUUUUGUGUUCACUUCCUUGUUAACCAUGUAUACCAAGUGCAGAUUGGUGGAGGAUGCAGAAGUCUUAUUCACUCACUCGGAUGACAGGAAAAUUGAAGCAUGGAAUGCCAUGAUCUCGGGUUAUGUUGGGAAUGGCCGACCCCAUAAUGCUUUGGAGGUCUACUGUCAGAUGAAAAUAAGUGGAAUAUGUUCAGAUUCCAUCACAUUGUCGAACAUCUUAUCAGCUUGCUCUAUGGUGAGGUCACAUAAUUUUGGGAGGUCAGUCCAUGCAGAGUUGAUCAAAAGACCAAUGCAGAGUACCAUUGCUCUACAAAGCUCAAUUUUGACUAUGUAUUCAAAAUGCGAGAGCCAUGAGGAUGCUCACCUGGUGUUCUCUAAUAUGACCGAAAAAGAUGUAGUUGCAUGGGGUUCGAUGAUAUCAGGGCUAUGCCAAAACAUGAAAUAUAAGGAGGCUUUUGAGUUGUUCAAAGCAAUGGAAACUGAUGGAUUGAAACCUGACUCUGAUAUCAUGGUAAGUAUCAUAAAUUCUUGUCCGGGUCUGGAGGAUGUCCAUUUGGGUUGUGGGGUUCACGGAUUAAUAAUUAAGAGUGGACACGAGUUGGACAUUUUUGUGGCGACUUCCCUCAUAGAUAUGUAUUCAAAAUUUAGUUUAACAGAAAUGGCUGCACAAAUAUUUUCUGGAAUGCCGUUCAAGAACCUAGUGGGUUGGAACUCUUUGAUGUCUUGCUAUUGCAGGAAUGAACUGCCAGAGACCUCCAUUACUAUUUUCUCCCAUAUUAUGGAGCAAAAACUAAAGCCUGACAACGUUUCCGUUACAACUGUGCUCAGUGCUGUUUCUUCAUUGGCAUCACUGCUCAAAGGAAAGGCUGUCCAUGGGUAUCUAAUAAGGCUGGGAAACCCACUGGACCUUCAAGUUAGGAAUGCUCUGAUUGAUAUGUACAUGAAGUGUGGGUGCUUAAAGUAUUCUCAGAACAUCUUUCAAAACAUGAUACAGAGGAACUUAGUGACGUGGAACUCAAUGAUCAUUGGAUGCGGGUAUCAUGGUCAUUGCUGCAAAGCCCUGAUGCUGUUUGAUGAGAUGAGAAGAUUGGGAGUAAUUCCUGAUAGGGUUUCAUUUGUGUCUUUGAUUUCAUCUUGCAGGCAUUCGGGUCUUGUCAAGGAAGGCCUGAGAAUAUUCGAUUCUAUGAGAUUGGAGUAUGGGAUUGAGCCAAGGACGGAGGACUAUGUAAGCGUGGUUGAUCUCUUGGGCCGUGCAGGCCAGUUAGAAGAUGCUUAUAGGUUCAUCCAAUCAAUGCCCGAUGCGCCAGAUAGGAGUGUUUGGCUUUGUUUGUUAUCAUUCUGUCGGGUUCACAGUAAUGUUCAACUCGGAGAGAUUGCUGCUUCAAAGUUACUUGAAAGUGAAACGGCUGAAGGAAGCAAUUUUGUUCCAUUGCUGAAUCUCUACGGUGGGGCCGAGCUGUGGGACCGGGCAGCAAACUUGAGGGCAUCCAUGAAGGAGAAGGGGUUGAAGAAAAAUCCUGGUUGCAGUUGGAUUGAAUUGAAGGAUAGGGUGGAAGUUUUCUACUCGGGGGAUCCGUCCUCUCCAAAGGGGGUCGAUGUUUAUGAGGUGUUGGUUCAACUGAGUCGAAACAUGGAAAAGAGGGCUGUGGAUCACAGAAACAUUGCAGCCUUUUAACAACCUUGGAGAAGGUCAUUUGAGCAGGAUUUCCUAUCAGUCACGAACUGAAAGAGGUCCCGUUCAGAGGUCCUGGUGUAGUCGAUCUGGGACAGAGCUGCUUGAAUUUGAAUCAUAUAGUCGAUCUGGGAAGCU